UCAGAAGUAUGCAGCACAGGAACAGUGGGAAGAGAGGAAGAAGAGAAGCAAUGCAUUUGAUUUUGGCGUGGAAGGCCCACCCCACGCGUCACUCCAGCCACCAUGCUAGCAAGUACCACUUCCUCAAUCACUAACCUGACCAACCAAGCCACCAAGGCACAGGGGUAGCAGAGUAAAUUCCCCUUUUCCUUGCAUAUCUCGCGCAACUUGCUUCGCCUCUUUCUCUCUCUAAUAUUGUUUUGAACGAAGCUGAGUGAGUAGGUGACACAACAUCAACAAGUGGAUGGAGUUCUGCUUGCUUCGGAAGUUGAAAACUUUGAACACAACACAGGAACCGCUUACCAGGGGGACACCCCAAAACCACUCUCUCCUCAAAACCGCUUACCCUUCUUCUCCAAUAUUACUUCUUCUUAAUGCAUAUCAUAACAUAACACAACCAUUAUUAUUGCUGUUGCUAUUGCUACCAUCAUCUUCUUUCUUUCUCACAUAAAAUAUAUAUAUAUAUAUAUAAAAAAGAACAAUAGAGGACCCCGCUCACUCUCAAGGUACUUCCCACUGUUUCCAUCUUCUGCCCGUACUAAUCUGACCCUUUUAGUGGCAUAGAUUGAGUCUGUCUGGUUUGAGUUUUGAACAUAAAAUAAAGGGUUGGAGUCGAACAUGGCGAAUCGGUGGUGGGCUGGGAAUGUGGGAAUGAUUAGAGAGCAAGAGUUGAUGGAGAACAAUAACAACGCCAAUACUACUCCGACCAAUAGCAGCAACAGCAACACGAACGCCAACACCAACACCACGGAGGAAGAGGUCAGCAGGGACAACGGAGAUGACCAGAACCAGAACCUCGGAAGCCAUGAAGGUUCGGAGCCCGGAAGCGGUGGUCGGAGGCCACGUGGCAGACCUCCCGGUUCCAAGAACAAGCCCAAGCCGCCGAUUGUCAUAACCAAAGAAAGCCCCAACGCGCUCCGAAGCCACGUGCUGGAAAUCGCCAGCGGCAGUGACGUCGCAGAGAGCAUCGCCGCCUUCGCCAACCGCCGCCACCGCGGCGUGUCGGUCCUCAGCGGCAGCGGCAUUGUCACCAACGUCACUCUCCGCCAACCCGCCGCCCCCGCGGGAGUCAUCACCCUCCACGGAAGGUUCGAGAUUCUCUCCCUCUCCGGCGCCUUUUUGCCCUCUCCUUCGCCCCCUGGCGCCACCGGACUCUCCGUCUAUUUGGCCGGAGGGCAGGGGCAGGUCGUUGGCGGCACCGUUGCGGGUUCUUUGGUGGCCUCCGGGCCGGUGAUGGUGAUCGCCGCCACAUUCGCCAAUGCUACUUAUGAGAGGCUGCCGCUGGAGGAUGAACAAGGUGAAGAGGAAAUGCAAGUGCAACAGCAACCGCCGCAGCAGCAGCAGCAACAACAACAAUCUCAGGGUUUAGGUGAACAAGUUUCAAUGGCCAUGUAUAAUUUGCCUCCUAAUUUGCUACACAAUGGUCAGAACAUGCCUCAUGAUGUGUUUUGGGGAGCUGCUCCACCUCGUCCUCCACCUUCCUUCUGAGCCUCAGCAACAAUGGAUUUGCUUAAUCUUACUGACAUGUGAAUUAAGUAAUAAUAAGGAUGGAGUUUGAAAUGGUCCAGAAUAAGAGAGUGGAGCUAGCUAGCUUUGUGCGGGAAUUUGUGGUAAGCAAACAUGUUGUUUGACUCUUCCAAGUAACAUUUAGUACUUCAUUGAGUAGAUGAAGUUGAUGGAUAAUUGUAGUGUGGAAAUGGCAUUAAUUGGAGUCUAUGCCGCAUUGAAUGUUUUUGCACUUGCUACAUUUUCAUAUGGAGAUGGAACAAACUUUUCUUUAAAGAGAAGGGAAGGGGUGACAGUGAUAUGGUCGGGUUCAUCUCCCUUUACCUGAAUGAAUCAAAUCACUCUCAUGCUGUUUCUUUGGACUUUAGAAUAGACCAUACUUGGUUAACUCGGUCAACAUUAUUAUGCUUCAUGUUGUCUCGGUGUAGUACCCCUUGUUUUUGUUUUAUAGGUUUUACGGGGUUUGCCUUUUAGUAUUUUCUCAGAAACAACCUGCACCCAUUAAAGUUGGACCCCAUAAUGGAUAAUAUUAUUUAUGCUCUUC